CAGCCGCAGAGCGUAGAAACGUGAUUUCCAAGUAACGCAGAGGCAUUCACAACGAGCAAGCUGAAUCAACAGGAACAAAGCACCAUUUCAAAGGAACACCGCAAAAAUGACCGGCCGCCGUGUGGCCCUUGUGUUUCUGUGGCAUUUAUUGGGGUGCACCGUCGCGGGGAGAGCUGACGCAGAAGACGCAGCCGAACUUUUGGAAAAAAUCAGCAGCGCAAGAUGCACUUCGCGCUGCCUGGCGCUUCACAUGACGCAGCUCACCGCUUCUUUCAGGCAUCUCCAGAACGAUGGUGUCCUGAGCUGGUGUGAGAAUCACAGGCGAUGUUCACAGUGCCUACAACCUUGCAGGGAAUUAUGGGAAGCAAAAAGAACCCUGUCUCAAAAGUCCUGUGAGAAGCACUAUGAGUGCAUGACCAGUUUGGAGUUCCUGACUUCAGUGCAGGCCCACAGGCAGGGCGACUGCCCUCCGCCACAGAGGGCCUCAGGCUUCGCUGCCGCCUGUGUAGAAAGCUGUGGCAUGGACCGAGACUGCUCUGCCCCCAGGAAAUGCUGCUCCAAUGACUGUGGACACACCUGCCAGGCCCCCAACAACCUAUACAAGGGUGUCCCUCUGAGACCCCGGAGAGACAUGUCCUUUGUGGAGGACACACUGGGUCAGCUGGAGGUGAUGUGGACGUCCCGUUUCAAUGUGUCCAUCGAGCCAGUGCUGUAUAUCCUACAGAGACGGUGGAACCUUGGUGUUCACCCCAAUGAGGAGGAAGCCACACCCUGGGAGACUGUUCUCAUGACCAUGGCCAACCGGGCAGUGCUAAGGGACGUGCGCCCCCACAGAUGGUACCAGUUCAGGGUGAGUGCGGUCAACAGCCAGGGCACACGCGGGUUCACCACCCCCAGCAAGCACUUCCUCUCCUCAAGGGACCCUCUACCUCCAGCGAUGCCUUGGAACCUGAGACAGGGGAAGGCGUCUGUACAGGUGGACGGCAGUGUGAACAUGCAUCUCCUCUGGGACCCCCCUAGAGAGGGAGAGCUGACUGUGCACCACCACAGAGUAACCUGGAGUUCCCACACGCCCCACAGGGUGGGCCUAGACAGGAAGGGUAGUCCCAUUGUCACAGGACCGGCUGUGUGUGAAACAACCCUUGAGCACCUCCAGGCAAACACAUCCUACCUGGUCCAGGUCCAGGCCAUAGCCUACUGGGGCCAGAAGCGUUUACGAAGUAAAAAAGCCCACCUGUCCAUAAUCACACCACCCACAGACGCAGCUAAUAGGAUCAGGCCAGUAAGGCUGUUCAGCAGUUUACUACCCUCAAUGCUACAUAGAGCAGUCAUGGCCAGAGUGGGUGGGACCAGAAGAGAGGUAUCCAAUGAGCUUUCCUCUUCUCACUCCACUCCCAUCAUUCUCAGGCUGCAGGCCGCUGCCCCUCAUAUCCACAGACACCAGCUCCAGGUCAAAGUGUUCUGGAAAACACCCCAAGGAAGUCUUCAAGAUUCCACUGCAUACCUCCUCAGAUGGUAUCCAGAGGUAUGCACUCACAAUCUCACAAAGACUGAGAAAACAGCCACAGUACAGGGAACCCACUAUGUCAUCACCGGCCUGCUGUUUGGCUGUAAGUACAGGGUGUCAGUGAUGCCCACGUCUGGGCAUGGAAAGAGGUCAAAGGCCACAACCUACCUGAUUACCCCACAGUGCAGAGCACUGGAAGGCAGGGAAGCGAAGUCCUUGUCCUGCCUCAGGAGUGAGCGCCACCACAUGGCCAAGAAGGAGAACCUGCGGCCAGAGAAGCUGACGGUUGCCUUCCAGAUGGUUAACGGCUCCCUGCAGGGGAAGUUUGGUUGGCAGGUGUCCCAGAGGGCCAUUGGGCUGGGCUCCAUCACUGGGUUCCAGUUCUCUUGGGCUCUGGUCUCCAGUAGCAGCAUGGCAUCCUCUGACACACUCAUCUCCCAGACCCAGAUUCUGGCUCCUGACCAGUUUUCCAUGACAGUGGAACAUCUGCAGCCAGACAGUACAUACAAGGUGCAGGUCCAGGUGCUGUCUGCAGGUGGCGGCGGUGCUGCUGUGGUGAAGACAGUGCACACACCCCAGCCCAACCACACGCUACUAUGAGGUAGAGUGGUGCACACACAUACACGCAUACUUCGAACCUGAACCCAACAAGCUCAAUUGAAUGGAUGAGGACAAUCGAAUAGGCCCACUCUCACCAUGCAGUUACAUCAACAUGGUGAUGCCAAGUACUCUGUGGUUACUGUGACAUAACAGAGUGUUUGUACUGUAUGAUACAAUAAAAUGUAUAUAAAAAUGAAUGAGUGUAUUGAAAUGGACCUACUGCACAAAACACACACCACGUCAAUUACCCUUACAGUUCUGAUUGAUAAAUCCCUGGAAAAUGCAGCCACUGGUCUUAUUUUCUCACAGAACAGCCCAAAGUGCCUUUUAACCCGUAUCUUCAAAAUGGUAGAACAUUUGUUAAACACAUGGUCUUCACCUUUUAUCCUCAAUUAAGGCCACAUGCAACCAGAGUACUGAACUGGUCAUUUUAUACUCAACAGCGCCGUGCCUCAGAGAAUGAAUUUAUUCUGAAAUAAAUGAUUGAAAUAGCUACAUCAUGGGAAUUCUCUCUCCACCCCACGUUCCUGUUUGAAUUAAUUGAGUUUGAAGUUUUGGGGCUCUUGGAUUGCUUUUCUGAGGAAGUAGUUCACUUCAGCUUCACAUUACUGAUGAUGUGAGAUGAAGCCUUAGCCAGUGAAAUAAGGCUGAUGUAUCACUGUGAUUUGUAACGCUGUAUUUCUAUA